AUGGAAGCUGAACGUUCAGGUCUUUGCUCAAAUCUGUCAGAGCUUCGGGACACCGGAGGUGGACCUAUUUGCAUCAUCGCAAAACAGGCAAGUCCAGAAGUUCUACUCCAGGAGAAGGGAGCAGGAGGCGUUGGGCCUAGAUGCUCUUCACGAGGAGUGGCCGAGAUCUCUUCUCUAUGCCUUUCCACUGACAAGAAUCAUACCCAGAGUAAUUCAAAAAAUAGUACAACAGAAGGCAGAAGUAGUCAUGAUAGCUCCUUGCUGGCCACGAAGACCGUGGUUCCAGGACUUGAGGCAGCUAUCAGUUUCGGAACCGUGGCGGCUACCAUCCAGGACGGACCUCCUGAUGCAGGGGAAGAUGUGCCACCCGGAUCCUAUGGGGUUCAAUUUAGCAGCUUGGAUGUUGAACGCAAGCAACUGAAACAGAUGGGAUACACAGAGAAUGUGAUCUCGACUAUGCUGGUGUCAAGAAGAAAAUCAACUAAUAGGAGCUAUAAUAGGACUUGGCAAACCUUUGAUUGCUGGUGCAAGAGUAGGGGACGUAACCCCCUAACAGCAUCGGUCAAACAGAUACUGUUGUUCCUACAGGAAGACCUGGAGAAAGAUUUAAGUACUAGCACCUUUAAGAGACAAGUGGCUGCCAUAUCUGCAAUAAGGGGAUCUCAGGGUGGAAAUUCCUUUACGACACAUCCACACGUUAAGAGAUUCUUGAGGGGGACCAUGCUAAUAAAUCCCCCAACGAUGCAUAGAUUCCCAACUUGGAAUUUGAACAUAGUCCUGGCAGCGCUCACAAAAGAACCAUUUGAGCCAAUGGUGACAUGUACGCUGAAAGAACUAACAUUAAAGACUAUUUUUUUGGUUGGGGUGACAUCAGCUAGAAGAGUGUCAGAAAUCAGGGCAUUGUCAGUGAAUAAAGAUCUAUGCAUUUUUCAUAAUGAUAAAGUUGUUCUGAGAGUGGACCCCACCUUCAUGCCUAAGGUGCAUAAAUAUCAGCAUUUGGAUUACUUAAUUGAAAAACUGGAACAGAUUAGAAGUAACAUUUCGAGAUCAACGGCGAUGUUUAACUCAUUGAAGGAGAAUUGGGAACAGUAUCAGCUUCAGUGCUUGAAAUAUUUCCAUGAAACACCUCCUAUUCUGUCAGAAGGCAAAUUCUGCAACAGAACAUUUGAUGAUUAUAUAUGUUGGCCAGAUGGCUUACCUGGCACCUAUGUGAAUAUGAGCUGCCCUUGGUAUCUUCCAUCAGUGAAAACAGGACAAGUUUAUCGCUUCUGUACACUUGAGGGCACAUGGCUGCUGGAAGAGAAUUCCACCAUGCCUUGGAGAAACACUUCUGAGUGUGUGAUUGCUGCUCGAGACCCGCCAAAAGAACGACUCCUAUUCCUAUCUGUCAUCUACACCACUGGAUAUGCUCUUUCUUUCUCUGCCCUUGUUAUAGCAACUGGCAUCCUCCUUGGGUUCAGGCAUCUCCAUUGCACAAGGAACUACAUUCACUUGAACCUUUUCAGCUCCUUUAUUCUACGUGCUGUAUCUGUCUUCAUUAAGGAUUCUCUGCUAACGCAGAUGUACAUAACUGCUACUCGUGAAUAUCAGUGGGAGAAGAUCUUGUCCUACCAGGAGUCACUCAGUUGUCGUCUGGUCUUUGUGAUGAUGCAUUAUUGUGUGACUGCAAACUACUACUGGCUUUUGGUUGAAGGAAUAUACCUGUACACACUGCUAGUGCUGUCAGUGUUUUCUGAACAGAGAAUCUUUCGGCUUUACCUUUGCAUCGGCUGGGGUGUACCAAUGCUGUUUGUUAUCCUCUGGGGAAUUGUCAAGUACCUUUAUGAAGAUGAGGGCUGCUGGAGCAGAAACCAUAACAUGAACUACUGGCUGAUCAUCAGGCUCCCCAUCCUUAUUGCUAUAGGGAUGAAUUUCCUGAUCUUUAUCAGAAUUAUAUGUAUUAUCAUUUCCAAGCUGCAAGCUAAUUUGAUGUGUAAAACUGACAUAAAGUGCCGACUGGCCAAAUCAACCCUGACUCUGAUCCCGCUACUGGGAACUCAUGAGAUCAUCUUUGCUUUUGUUACGGAUGAGCAUGCCAAAGGAAUGCUGCGGUUUGUGAAGCUCUUCUUCGAACUCUGCUCCACCUCCUUUCAGGGUCUUCUGGUGGCAGUCCUCUAUUGUUUUGUCAACAAUGAGGUUCGAACAGAGUUUCAGAAAAGCUGGGAGCGCUGGAGACUAGAACACUUACACGUCCAAAGAGACAGCAGUAUGAAGCCACUCAAGUGUCCAGCGAACAGCAUAAGUAGUGGAGGUACACUGGGGAGCACAGUCUAUGCUGCCACUUGUCAGGCUACGUGCAGCUAA